AUGUCAGUAGAAGAAACGGUUAAUCCAACAGCUUUAUUAACAGAAUCAAAACCGUAUCAUUGUUUUAGCUGGAAAGUUUCGGCAUUUCAACAAUAUUUAAAUAAUUGUAAAUUUGGUGAUAAAUUUUAUAGUUCAAGAUUUUGGCAUCCAAACCCAAUAUCAUUUAAAGGCAAUAAAUUAAGGGAUGCUAACGAGUAUAUUUCAUUAUAUUUAGAAGCUAUACAAACACCCUACGAAAAUCAAAAUCUCAUAGAUACAAGAUAUGCCAGAUUCAAAUUAUCAAUUGAAAUGAUGGAAAUAUCUGAUGAUUUCACAAAAACAAAGUUGAUAAAAUUAAAAACUGAUACAGAGAUAUUAGAACAUAAAUUUAUUUUUAACAGCGAUGAUGACUUUGGAUAUUCGAAAUUCUACUCAAUCAAGAAUUUCAAGAGGGAAUGGAAAGAAUCGAAUUCUGAAACAAUAAAAAUUCAUAGCUUUAAAUAUGAAACAUUUCGAGCUAUUUUGUUUUACAUUUAUUCAGGAAAGUUGGUUGAUACGCAAGAUCUUGAAUUGUUGAAGGAUGUUUAUGUUAAAGCUGAAAUGAUGGGUUUGGAUGGAUUGUUGAAGUUGUUGGUAAACAAGUUUAGUGAGAUUAUAGAUGAGGAUAAUUGGGAUGAUAUCCUGAUAUUAGGGCAAAGAACUAAAAAUAUCAUCAAUAAUGUAUUUUCUAGUAGUAAUUUUUCAAUGGAUGAAAAUAAAUUAUUAAAAACUUUUAUUUGGUUCAUCAAAGAUUUUCAACAUUUUUAUAAAAACCCAACUCAUUGUCAAACUGUUUGGAGCGGUGCUUUCUAUUCACCAUGCUCUUCCUCGUCAACAAUUAAUAAUGAAAUGAAUACUGCCACCAAUAUUAUGACGGUUUCUGGUGAUAAUACAACUGCUAAUACUACCACCAUCAUUAACCAUUCUACUAAUAAUGAUAUAAUCAGCAAUGGUUGUGCUUGGAGAUUAUGUAUGUUCCCAAAAGGUUACAAAACUGAACAAUUUUUGUCAUUAUUCCUUUACGCGUUUCCAACUGAUUAUGAAAAAAUGCAUGGAAUUCACUGUAGAGCAGUUAGAUAUGUUCUCGAAUUGUUUAAGGUUGGAAUUAAUCCCAACACAUCCAAAGUAGAAUUGAGGCCUGUAAAUGUUGGUCAAACGGUCUUUAAGAAAAGCUUCAAUCUAGAUCAUAAGGGUGAUAGUGGAGGAAAAGUUAAAUUUAGUGAUCUGACAAACCUAUUCCCCAGCAAUGACACGUCAAUUAAACUCGAUAUUAUUAUCAGGUUAAAAUUAUAUACUGAAGAUGACUUGCAAGCAAAUUAUAAUAUUAAUAAUGUUGAUAUCAUUAAGUUUCAACCUUCUUUGGAAAAUUAUUUCAACAACAAUAAUUUUAGUGAUGUGACUUUUAGUUUCAACGAUGAAUCAGAAAUUAAAGCAUCUAGAUUGGCUUUAUCUAUCCGUUCCAGUUAUUUUGAUAGAAUGUUCAAUGGUGAAUGGGCCGAAUCAAAGGCAACAAUCAUUCCCAUCAAGAACGUUACCUAUCAAUGUUUUAAAUAUCUGAUUUACUUUCUUUACUCUGGCAAAUUAAAUGAUGAUAUACCAUUCGAUGUAUUGAAAGAUUUGUUUAUUGAAGCAGAUAUUAGAGAAAUUCCGGAACUGGGUGAAUUGGUUGCUUCAAAAAUCAUUGAUCAGGUUAGUGAUGAUAAUUGGAGUGAGAUAUUAUUUAUUGGUUGGAAGACAAAAAAUUAUUCUUUGAAAAAUGCUGCGCUCAGUUAUAUUCGUGUUAAUUGGGAAAAAAUUAAGCGAGGUAGAAAGAUCAAUGAAGUGAUAGCACAUGGUGAUAUGGAGUUAAUCGAUGAAUUAAUGUAUACCAUUUGUUUUGGUGUAAUCCUUGCGUUUUAA